CGCCGCAGACCGAUCGGAUCGCCUGUGGCUCCGGGAGCCGGCGGCAGGACCCGAACCAGAGGCGGGGCAGCGCGAUGGAGGGGAGCCCCAUCCCCGUGCUGACCGUGCCCACGGCGCCCUACGAAGACCAGCGGCCGGCGGGCGGCGGGGGGCUGCGGCGGCCCACCGGCCUCUUCGAGGGCCAGCGCAACUACCUGCCCAACUUCAUCCAGAGCGUGCUGUCGUCCAUCGACCUGCGCGACCGCCAGGGCUGCACCAUGGUGGUGGGCAGCGACGGCAGGUACUUCAGCAAGACGGCCACCGAGAUCGUGGUGCAGAUGGCGGCCGCCAACGGGAUCGGACGCCUGAUAAUUGGACAGAAUGGCAUCUUAUCGACACCUGCGGUUUCCUGCAUUAUUAGGAAGAUCAAGGCGGCUGGAGGAAUCAUCCUGACCGCCAGCCAUUGUCCUGGAGGACCAGGGGGAGAGUUUGGAGUGAAGUUCAAUGUUGCCAAUGGAGGUCCUGCCCCAGAUGUUGUUUCUGACAAAAUCUACCAGAUCAGCAAAACCAUCGAAGAAUAUGCUAUAUGUCCUGAUCUUCGCAUUGACCUUUCUCGACUAGGAAGACAAGAAUUUGACCUGGAGAACAAGUUCAAGCCAUUCAGAGUGGAGAUUGUGGACCCUGUGGAUAUCUAUCUCAACCUGCUUCGGACCAUUUUCGACUUUAAUGCCAUUAAGAGUUUGCUGACUGGGCCCAGCCAGCUGAAGAUCAGAAUUGAUGCAAUGCAUGGAGUUAUGGGCCCCUAUGUGAGAAAAGUUCUUUGUGAUGAGCUGGGAGCCCCUGCCAAUUCGGCAAUAAACUGUGUCCCACUAGAAGACUUUGGAGGACAGCAUCCUGACCCAAAUCUGACAUAUGCAACCACCCUUCUAGAAGCUAUGAAAGGAGGAGAAUAUGGGUUUGGAGCUGCAUUUGAUGCUGAUGGGGACCGCUACAUGAUCCUAGGCCAGAAUGGCUUCUUUGUGAGUCCUUCUGACUCCCUGGCCAUCAUUGCUGCCAAUCUCUCUUGCAUUCCAUAUUUCCGUCAGAUGGGUGUUCGAGGGUUUGGGAGAAGUAUGCCCACCAGUACAGCCCUGGACAGAGUGGCCAAAUCCAUGAAGGUCCCUGUGUACGAGACGCCAGCCGGAUGGAGAUUCUUCUCAAACCUAAUGGACUCGGGACGGUGCUCUCUGUGUGGAGAGGAGAGUUUUGGCACUGGGUCUGAUCACCUCCGAGAGAAAGAUGGCCUCUGGGCUGUUUUGGUCUGGCUGUCCAUUAUUGCUGCCCGGAAGCAGAGCGUGGAGGAAAUUGUUCGAGACCACUGGGCCAAAUAUGGCCGCCACUAUUACUGCAGGUUUGACUAUGAGGGGCUGGAGCCCAAGGCAACUUAUUACAUUAUGAGGGACCUGGAGGUCCUGGUCACAGACAAGUCCUUCAUCGGCCAGCAGUUUGCUGUGGGGAGCCAUAUCUACAGUGUGGCAAAGACAGACAGCUUUGAAUACGUGGACCCUGUGGAUGGCACCGUGACCAAGAAACAGGGUUUGAGGAUCAUUUUCUCCAAUGCAUCAAGACUCAUCUUCCGGCUCAGUUCCUCCAGUGGUGUGCGGGCCACCAUCAGACUCUAUGCGGAGAGCUACGAAAGGGACCCCAGUGGCCAUGACCAGGAGCCUCAGGCGGUGCUGAGCCCUCUCAUCGCCAUCGCACUGAAAAUAUCCCAGAUUCACGAGAGAACAGGUCGCAGAGGACCUACUGUCAUCACCUGAGCGGAGAAGGGAAGAUCUCCCACCAGGGCCAGAGAGUGCUCAGCAGGAGACGCCUCCAAUGCCUUCUUGCUACCUGUUGUGCCUCUUAGGACUUGGGAAGAACAAAAGUUCUUUUACUCUUGGGGGGUGAAAGGGUGGGUGGGAAAAGAAAAAAUAACUUUUGUUUUGAUUUGUUCAGUUCCUCUAAAUGCCUCCUACCAUAGUUGCCUUUGAAUCUCACUCUCUGUAUUUUAUCACGCUGAGGGGGUCUUCCUUUUCAAGAAAAAAAAAAAGUGAGCUAGGUGGCUGUCAUGAGCACAGGUUCCAUAAUUAUGAAAGAUAGAAGUGACAGAACUGUGGGCCCCAGGUAGGCUACACACACACACACACACACACACACACACACACACACACACACACACACACACACACACACACACACACAGAGGUCAGGUCCACAAUGGGACAAGGUUUUAGAUCUCAUGGCCUGCCUCACUGCCAGCAGCUGCCCCAUGACCAACAUCCCCCAGCCUACCUUCACCUUCAACUUCUGCCAAUCACAAUGGCACACUUCCAAUGAGACAUAUCAAAGGGUGUUUCUCUCUCUUACUGUAGAAGUGAUAUUACUUUACCUCUCAAAGCCACCUUUGUCCUUGCAAAUGUAACCAUUUACUGGGAAGCUAGCGAGGAGACUGUGGAGGAGACGAAAUGAAUGCUUACAUUGGUAGUGAGCAGGGAGGGAGUCCCUUGAUUACAACACAUAGGUUGAUACGUGAGUUGGUACAAUUCCUUUUGAGAAGACAAAAACACAUGUGUGCACUAGCUCUGACUUACCCACUGAGGCCUAUUUGCAUGCACUAGUUUGGAUGUAGUUCUCAUCUUACUUGCAAUGCCUAGAAAGGAAGAGUGGAAUGCUGGGAAAGUAGGAAGUAAAGUGGUACUGGAAGGAAAUGUGGGAGAGAAUGGCUGGAUAAGAGGGAAAGAAAUAUUAUGGAAGAGUAUGGCCCAGUGAGCAGAGGCAGAGGGCCACAUUGGCUUUCUUUGCCUAGGAAGGAACAAAGGCUCUUAGAGCUCCAGUAGGCCCUUCUGUCCUGGGGCAAAAGACUAGAUCAUGCGACGUGUUUGCAUAUGUUUUGCUUCCUUGGGAACAAGCAUGCUCACCACGUCAUCUAUGGAGAUGACCUACUGCACUUUGACUGUUAAGCAAUGCCUUAUUGCUGUAGUCAAGGUGAAUCCAAGCAAGGCAACAUUCCCAGCAAGGUAUUCGUUUCUAUUUUCUGUCUGUGCUCUGUCAAGAACUUGCUAGGACAUUUUAGCAGCAAUAAAAAAAAGAAAGAAAGAAACUCCUUUGUUUUAACCUUA